AAGAUCAAUUCUCCUUCAGAACUUCACUACAUACUUUCUUCUUUAAAGACCGAGUAAUAGUCUUAGUCUUCUUGCUAAGUCAAUUGAACUUACUCCCAUCCAAACUGAGAAAAAAAAAAUUGAAGUUCAUAAAUAAGUGAACCCCUCGGGCUUCCAGAGCAUAUGCAGCUAGUUAAUUUUCAGUUCCAACUUCCAAACCUCUGUAAUCUAGUUUGUGUGACCAAAGCCAAUGGAGGUGAAGGUGAAGCAGUUGCAAUUGCACCUCGUGCUAAUUGCUGCACUAGCAUUAGCCCUCGUAGCAGCAGAAACCAAAGUACAGUCCCUGCCUGGCUGCAACUCCACUCUAGCUAUGAUAGUGCAAAGAUAGCAAUCAAAUUUGCAGACAGAUAUGAAAGCCAAAUAAUGAAUUGAAGCCACUUUUUGGCUAUGGUCUUCCAAUGGUUUCCAUAACCAACCAGAUCUAUUUGUAAGGGGAAACUAAUCACAUGCUACUAAAGAAGAUGAAUGGAAGAAAACCCCCUAGAAAUAAUCUAGUUUGUGUGACCAAAGCCAAUGGAGGUGAAGGUGAAGCAGUUGCAAUUGCACCUCGUGCUAAUUGCUGCACUAGCAUUAGCCCUCGUAGCAGCAGAAACCAAAGUACAGUCCCUGCCUGGCUGCAACUCCACUUGUGGAGAUGUCAAUAUUCCUUAUCCUUUUGGCAUAGGCAACUCAUCAUCAAAACCAGAUCAACCUUGUUACUUGGAGCGCAAAUUCAAACUCGACUGCAAUGAUUCUAAACUAUAUUUUAGUAACGUACAACUACAAGUUCUAGACAUCACCAUCAUUAUGGGUCAAGUGGACGUAAUGUUUUUCGUCUCAUCGGAAUGCAAUCAACGACCACUUUUUGCAGCAAGUCCCCCUCCUAUCAGCAUUUCAACGACGGAAACCCAAGAUGGGAGUGAGAGCCGUCAAUAUGGGAACCUCUACACAGCAAGUUUCAGCAUUUCAAGCAAGGAAAACAAGUUCCUAACCGUGGGCUGCGACAGUUAUGGCUAUCUCAACAGUGUUUACGAGGAGCACACAUAUACAACUGGGUGCUUGACAAGAUGUUAUGGCAAAAAAACAAUAAUAAAAAACGGAACUUGUUCAGGCAUAGGGUGUUGCCAGGUGGACGUUCCUCCAAGAAUGAGGAAUAUCACAGUAGAAGCAUCUGGGUUUCCCAAUUCAACGGAAUCGUUGGGAACCUGCACCUAUUCAUUUGUUGUUAAGCAAGGCUCGUAUAAUUUUUCUACCACUGAUUUAGAAGAUUUUCCUCACACAGAACUCCCCUUGGUUCUUGAUUGGACUGUAGGAAACAGCAGCUGCGAUGCUUCAAAGAGUGGUACCGACUACGCGUGCAAGAGCAAUAGUUACUGCAACGACAAGGACUUGGAUUAUGGUUAUCGAUGCACAUGUAUGCCAGGUUAUGAAGGAAACCCGUACCAUCCUCCUGAUGGCUGCACAGAUAUUGAUGAGUGUAAGGGGCCGGAUCAUGGAUGCAUAGAUGAAAAUCACUGUCGCAACAAAAAUGGGUCUUAUGAUUGCUUUUGUCCUAAGGGGCAAUCUGCAGACGGAACAGACAAAGGAAGGUGCAACAAACAGGAAGUACUUACAAAAGUUAUAAUUGGAGCAGGAGCAGGGAUUAUUAUUCUAUUUGUGGUGAUUGCCUCUCUGUACUUAACAUACCAGAAAAGGAAACUAAUGAAGCUAAAAGAGAAAUUCUUCCGUGAGAAUGGGGGCUUCAUUUUGCAACAAAAACUCCGUACAAGAGAAGAUUCCUCCCAAACUGCUAAAAUUUUCACAGAACAUGAACUAAACAAGGCCACCAACAACUAUGAUGAGAGCUUAAUCAUUGGUAAAGGAGGUUAUGGCAUAGUUUUCAAAGGAGUUCUGCCAGAUAAACGGAUUGUUGCAAUCAAGAAAUCCAAAAUAGUAGAUAAGAGUCAAAUCGAGCAAUUCAUUAAUGAGGUGGUUGUUCUGUCCCAAAUCAUUCAUAGGAAUGUGGUCAAACUCUUGGGAUGCUGUUUGGAGACUAAAGUACCUUUACUAGUUUAUGAGUAUGUCAGCAAUGGUACCCUUCAUGAUUUGAUUCACAAUGGAGGCAAGGAAGAAAAUGUAACAUGGAAAACUCGUCUAAGGAUAGCAGCAGAGGCAGCUGGAGCUCUGUCUUAUCUGCACUCGGAUGCCUUUGUACCCAUUAUCCACAGAGAUGUAAAGGGUGCCAACAUUCUCUUGGAUGACGAUUACAGAGCCAAAGUGUCAGAUUUUGGAGCUUCAAAAUUGGUUCCGCUUGACCAAACUGGUAUAGCCACAAUGGUGCAGGGCACUCUUGGAUACUUAGACCCAGAGUAUAUGCAAUCACAACAUUUGACAGAGAAAAGUGAUGUAUAUAGCUUUGGGGUAGUGCUUGUAGAGCUGCUAACUGGGGAGAAACCUAUUUCAUUUGACAGGCCAGAAGAGAAAAGAAGCCUAGCUAUGCACUUUCUUUCUUGCUUGAAAGAGGACCGCAUGUUUGAUGUUGUUCAAGCUGGAAUCAUGAAUGAAGAAAAUAAGCAAGAGAUAAAGGAGGUUGUUGUUCUUGCAGCAAAGUGUUUGCGGCUUAAAGGCGAGGAAAGACCAAGCAUGAAGGAAGUGGCUAUGGAGUUGGAGGGAUUAAGGCUAAUGGAGAAGCACCCCUGGACAAGUAGAGAACAAGAUUUGGAGGAGACUCCAUACUUUCUUCACAAUGAAUCUUCAAACAUUUAUUAUGAAUGUGGUGAUAGGAGCAGCCUUCAGAAUACUGGGUAUGAUACCAGUAGGGAUCAUGUACCGCUGGUUGCCUUGCAUGGUGGUUCUGUGACAACAUAUUGUAAUCUAUAUAAGAUAUCUUGGUUUUCAGUUGAAUGUGUGUGAAACAUCCUAUCUUGUAUUUGCUAAGUACUUUUUUUUUUCUUAAUUCCACUUUUCGUCCCUGAUCUAUCAUAGUUAUGCGAUUUUGGUCCCAUUAUUUAAAAACGAGUAAUUUGCAUCUCC